CGCGGUCGGGACCGGAAGAAUGGAUGCCCUGGGGUCCUUGACUUCCAUUCCAUUAAGCAAGGUCCCUGUCGGGUCCAUAUUUGGUCCCGAUCCACCUCUGGUAUUCUGCCGGGUGUUGAUCACAAAGGCUGCCCCGCAUCGUUCCGGUUGUUCUGUCCCUCCUUGGCCAUCUCAGUCCCACAGCUUUCAGAGACCUGAACAAUGUCCUCUCUUCACUUCCUCGCCAUUUUGUCUCCCAAGCCAGACAGGGUGGCGCGGGUAGAAGAGAUAGCAGAAUCUGUCUCCAACUAUGUCAAAGAAAAUGAGCCCGGGGUGCUGCAGUACCAAUGGUUCCGAACUGGGACUGAGGAGAAGCCCAAGAUAGUUGUGUGGGAACAAUAUGCCGAUCAAGCUGCGGUCGAUAUUCACAAAUCGAGUUCGAAGCUGGCGUGGUUGAUUGAGACUGAAGAGAAGGAGAGUAACAUGCAGGAGCCGAUUGAGGUUCUGCCACUCGAGCCAUUUGCUGGGUGGGCACCUCAAAGCUAGGGUACCAAGAUUGAUAAUUGCCUAACUUAUCUGUUGCGCAGAAAGCGAACCAUUCCGAUGUCGCCGUCAUGCUAAGGCCUUCCGUUCAGAGCAACCCUCCUCAAAGGUGCCAUCUUGGAUCGCAACAAAUAAAAGUGAAAGUGACAGUUGCUCC